UGAUUUAAAUGUUUAAAUUAACAUUAUUUGGACCUUUUUUUUCUAGUUGUAUAAUUGCAUAAAAUUUGUUGUUAUUUACAGGAAUUGGAACCAGAUUUAAUGUUGACUUCUUUUAGAGAAAAACCAAAAUGUUGGGAUGACAAACAAUUAAAAUAUUUCACAGAUGAGUACCCUUGGCUUUAUUUUAAAGAGACUAAAUUAGGUUGUCUUAUUUGUAAAAAAGUAAAUUUUAAUUUAACAACAUGUCAUGGGGCACAUUCUUCUAAAGAAUGGAUAAAUGGUGAGGUGGGCGCUGUAGGAACUGAUGAUAGUAAAAUGAAAGCCAAUUUAAGAAAAAAAAUAUGUAAGCAUAAAAACUCACAAGCUCAUUUAAAAGCCCAACAAAUUAUUGAUAAGGGUUCAUGUGAAGUUUUACCUGGACAAUUUUCCAAACUUUCAAGUUUAGAACAUGAAACUACUAGAAAAGUUUUCAGAACUGCUUACUUUAUAGCAAAAAAUCAACGACCAUACACAGAUUUGCCUAAACUUGUGGAUUUACAAACCGUUAACAGUCUAAAUAUGGGUAGAAUUCUUCAUACUGAUAAAUCUUGUAACAGUAUAAUUGAACAUAUUUCAGUAGAAAUUAGGAUUAAGAUUUGCAAUGAUAUCAUUGAAAAUCAAAGAAAAUUUUGCAUUAUUGUUGAUGAAUCCACAACAUUAAGUCAAAAAACAAUGUUGGUUAUUUGCCUAAGAACUGUAGUUGGACCAAAUAAUGAAGUCAUAACUUUUUUUUUUGAUAUCAUUGAACUAACAAACACAUCUGCCGAUUCAAUCAAAAACGCUAUACUAACAAAUCUUUCAUCUCAUGGACUCAACAAUAAUUUUCUAAAGUUAAAUCUCAUUGCAUUUGUGAGUGAUGGCGCGUCAUCAAAGUUGGGUCGAAUUGCUGGUGUUGGAGCUCAAUUAAAAAAAAUGUACCCGAAUAUAGUUAUUUGGCAUUGUUGUAAUCAUAGGUUAGAACUCGCUGUAUGUGAUACCUUAAAAGAAGUUAGUGGUAUUAAUAAUUUUCAACUGUUCAUUGAAAAAUUGUAUGCUCUGUAUCACCAAUCGCCAAAAAACAUGAAUGAGCUUCAUAUGUGUGCUGUAUCUUUGGAACAUAACUUACAACGUAUCGGGAAAAUUUUUACAAUACGAUGGGUUGCAUCAAGUGAAAGGACAAUAAAAGCUGUAUGGAACAACUUUCCAGCACUAUACCAACACUUCACAACUGCUGCCAAUGAUGGUUUAAGAACUUCAAAAGAAAAGUCAAAAUACUUGGGACUUAAAAGACAUUUGGCGUCAAUAGAAUUUGUCACCAAUCUUGAUAAGUAAAUUUUUUAUUUUGGAUUUAAA